AUGGUAAAUGGAGAUUUGAUCUCUAAAAAUGUUGAAGCUCCAAUGCCUGAAGUUGUAGAGUUCAACAACACGAUCUUUGCUGCUUGUGCUGGCCAGCCACAGAUAUUUGGGCAAGUUCUCUUCAGUCAGAUCUUCCCUAAUGGACCUUUACUUGUGAUCGUCAACCUCUGUGGUUUGCCUGCCACUGAAUCUGAUCAGCGGGUCUGUGCCAUCCACAUCCAUCAGUACGGAGACCUCAGUGAAGGUUGUGUCUUUACCGGUCCUCAUUACAAUCCACAGGGCGUCAACCAUAACGGUCGCUCUGGAGACAUGGGCAACUUUGUUGCCAAGCAAGGAAUUAUACGUCGGAUACUGAACCUCCCGGAGGCCAGGCUGUUUGGGGGCCAAUCCAUACUAGGACGUGCUGUGGUGGUUCAUCAAAAGGAGGAUGAUAUGGGAAUGGGGUUAGAUGAGGAAAGCAAACCUAGUGGGAAUGCUGAGAAAAGAAUUGCGGGGUGUGUCAUUGGUAUAAGCUCUCCGCGUUUGUGA